CGGGGGAGGAGGAAGAGGAGCCAGCGGCGGACCUGGAUGAGGUAAAUAAGUGGAGACCCGCGGAGGCGGGUGAGGCCUUGAGCUCUUGAGUGGACUGUGAUGGGCCGACGGCCGCUCGCUCUUUCUUAGACUAUUGCCCUUCCUCCCUGGCCCGCCCCCGGACCCGCCGACCCUUUUGCGGGGCUCCUCCUCCCCGGCCCACUACUCCUCCCCGGCCCACUCCUCCGGCUGGUGAAGGAGAGGGCGGGGGUGUCGUUUGAAAUUACUGUGCAUUUACUUGUUGUCAUAGUGUGGGGACCACCCCCCUUCCCGAACUUUAGCUCCUAUAAGGUUGGGGCCUUUGUUAUUUUACUUUGGUACCCGGUGCCCCAUCCCUGGUCUGGUUAACUUGGUGCUGUAUGGACACCUGCUGUGUGGACACGUACUACACACUAGUGCUUGAACUGAGUUGAGGGCUAGUGUUUGUGGUGCCCUGUGAGUGGGGGGUAACAAUUUAAAUGACUAUUUUAGUUUUGGUGUAACAUCUCAUUGUUACCGAAUUAUUGACUUUUAGAUCUAUUAAGGUAUUUUGUUUCGAGCCCAAAAAACUUUUGGUGAUCGGGCUAAAAGUCUAAAUCUGGUCAAGAGGAGGGUUUUGGGGGGCGGGGCAGGGUUCGUGGGGGCAGGAUUGUUUUCUUUCUUUUCCCUCCCUGUCUCUUUCCCUUCUUCCUGAAGAGGAGACUUAUGCCUUGAGUACAAAUACAACCUUAGGCUCUUGUGUGACCUUGGGCAAGUUGCUUAACCACUGACAGCCUCGGUUUCCUUAUCUGUAAAAUGGGUGUUGUGAGAAUAAAAUGCGAUAUUUGUAAAAUGCUUUGUAUACCUUAGAGCAUUAUAUAAAUGUCAGUCAUCAGUACUACACAGAAAAACAUCUACUUUGUAAGUUCUAAUAAUAGUUAUUUAGUUAAUUAUGAAGCCACUUGCUCUGAGUCACACUGUCUGAGAUGGGGAUUUGAGUUCAAGUCUCUGACUUCUAGUAUUCUAUUCACCACAUCACCUAGUUGCCUCCAAAUUGCUACUCUGAGAAUUAUUCAGGGAACUGAGAAGCUAAAGAACUUUCUCAGGGUCACAGUAACCAGAAUGUGUCUAGGUGGAGUAGAUUUCUUAGUUUCAAUUGUUAUAGAUAAUUUUAGUGUCAUCAACAUUUAAAAAAAAACAAACAAAAAAAAGAUAGUCUUUGGUUUUUACAGUUACAGCCUUCUGAGGGCCUUAACAACAACUUGGUACAGUGGAAAGAAUAUUAGAUUUAGAGUCUGAGGACCUAGAUUCAAAUUGUGGCUCUGCUAGUUACUACCAGUAUGAUUUUGGCCAAGUCAUUUAAAAUUUCCUGGACUUCAGUUUCUUAUCUGUAAAAUGAAGGUUGGUCUAAAUUAAGAUAGAGAUGUUAACUGCCAGGCAGGAUUCCCCAGGUUAAAAUGUAAUUGGGAAAUGUUUAACAAAAUAAAUAAAAUUAUAAUGCAACAUUGAUAAUGCCAAUUUAUGGUUUCUGAGUCAAUAUGUGGCCCACAGGGAUCUGUUUCUAUUUGAAUUUGACAUCAUAGCUCUAAGGUCACUUCCAGGUCUAAAUUUAUGACUUUGUGAUCAGUUCUUUCAAUAAUUCAAUAUGAGGGAUACAAGAAGUACAGAGAAACCUAUGUGGUCAACAAAUUUACAAUUUAGCUGAGAAAAAAGAGGCAAAUAAAUUUAAAAUAAUGUGUGAGGGACUGUGCUAAAUGCUUUAAAAAUAUUUUUGAUGCUCACAACAACUGAGAGAGGUAAGUGGUAUUUUGAUCCCCAGUUUACAGUUGAAGAAAUAGAAUCACACAGAAGUAAAAUGACUUGCCCAGGAUUACAUAUACUGCAAGUAUGUUUCUGAGGUCAGAUUUGAAUUUAGGUCUUUGCAUUCCAGGCCCUGCAAGCUAUCUAGUUGCCUCAGUGUAUAGAUGUGUGAAUCUAAGUAGAUCAUUUCAGUUCUUUAAACUUGUUUCCUUACUGUAAAAAAAGGAGGGUUGGUUAUAUGUAAUGUACUCUCCAGCCUAAAGAUUCAAAUGAAAUAUAUUUAUAUUUUGUGCAAAGCAUUGUUCUGAGUACAGGGAAUUAAAAGAUGGGAAAACAGCAUUCCUUGACCUCAUAGAGCUUUUUAUAUAAUGUGAGAAUAAGGCAAGUCCAUAAAGUAUGAUAAAAGACAGAAUGUAAUGAAAUUGAAAUCUGGAUAGGCUAGUGUAAUAUAGAGUGAUCACUUCCAAUUGAAAGGAUCUUAAAAGGCAACUUGGACCUUGAUGGAAAAGCAGAAUUAUAGCAAAUGGAGAUAUUUAUGAAAGGAGUAUAAUUCCAUCUGUGCCAGCCCCUGAAAAUGCAUUAAAGUGGGAGAGAGCAGAAAGAAAUCAAUAAAAACCUGGUAGUUAUCCAGUUUGGUUAGAAUGUAAGGUAUGUUAACUUUAUGAUUUUCAGAGCUAAAAACAGAACAGGCUUCCUCAUGAGUUGGAGUAGAUGAACUGAGGUUCCUUACAACUCUUAAAUUCUAUGAUUCUGUGAUACUCCUUCCUGACUAGUUGUUCAGUAAAGGCUUAAGUAUCACUGUUUGUUUGGGGAAGUUGUAGGAGUAUUCCUAUGAAAGUAUAGGUUGGACUCGAGGACUUCUGAGGUACCUUCCAACUUAUAUUCUGGAAAGGGAGUAUGGCAAGCCUGGAAAGACAAAUUGGCGUCGAGUUGUAGUUGUCCUUUGGUGUCCAAGUCAAGAGAUUUGUGCUUUGCUCAAAUUUGUUAAUUAAAUUAAAACUUUUAGAGCAGAAUUUCAUGGUUAGGCCUGUAUUGGAUCAAUAAAUAUUUAUCAAUAAAAAUCUGCUCUGUGCCAAGCAGUCGAUAUUAAUUUUUUGCAUCUAUGUAAAUGAUGGUUUGGAAAAAUGAAAGUGGCAUCAGGGAAACGAACUAAAAAUUGAAAUCAAAGAUGGUUAAGUGUGAUGUAGAUUGCCUUGAGAGAAGGAGAUUAGUCCAGGGGAUCUCAUGGAGGUAGAAUUGACAGAACUUAACUAAUUGAAUGCAGGGUACAAAUAUAGAGGAAAGAGAGUUCAAGAUGAUUCUGAAAUUUUGAAUUUGGUCAUUGAAUUGUAUUAAUUUAAUGCUGUCAACAGAAAUAGGAAAAUUGGAGGAGGGAUUGGUUUUAUGAAAAUGAUGAAUUCCGUUUUGGCCUUAAUGAGUUUGAAAUUGCUGUUGAAAUAUCUAUGGAAAUGUCCAACUGGAUUCUAGUGGGAGGGCUGUUUUAGGUAGACAUUUGUGAGUCUCUUCGUCGAAGAUCCCUGAUCUCCAGCCUCAGGUGAGAAGAAAAGCAAGGCUUUGCUCUGACGGUGAGCCUUCCAUCUCCUCCUUAACAUGUCUGCUGAGAGAAGGCUACUAGGGGCCAGCUGCAUGACUUCCAUCUUCACCAGCCCAAGGUUUGUAAGCAAUAGGAAAUGAGCCAGUAGAAAGGGAAAGAUUGAAAAUAUCCCAUGUUACCCUAUCACCUGCAGAGCCUGGGCAGAGACAGGAUUACGUCAUGGGAUAUUUCUCAAAGAUUUUGCUGGAACAGACACAUCUCUAGUUGUAUGAGGUGGCCUGGAAAUUAUUCUUGGGCUCCUUAUCCAUACUUCAGCAGUCAGCAUUGCUCACUAAAUUGGAGGCCACCUUGUUUGUUUCUACCUAAUCGAAGUCAGUUUCAGUACUGGAAUUGGAGACCUGACAACUUUACACAUACAUCUUUGUUUCACCUUUCUAGUUACAUCAUGAACUCUGAGGAAGAUAAACCAGCAUCAAAACGUCGAAAAUCCCAAGGUGUGAUAAAGCGGCAUUGGGAAUCCCUCAAUCACCAUAAUAAAGAAAACAUGAAGAUCCUAGGAGAUAAACGUGUUGACCAAAAAUAUAAAGAUGAGAAAGAAAAAUUUGAGUUUUCAGUCAUGUCCUAUAACAUCCUUUCACAGGAUUUGUUGGAGGAUAACUCAUAUCUCUAUAGACACUGCCGAAAGUCAGUCUUGAUCUGGGGCUUUAGGUUUCCCAAUAUACUAAGAGAAAUUAAACACAUGGAUGCAGAUAUUCUUUGUUUGCAAGAAGUACAAGAAGAUCAUUAUAGAAAAGAGAUCAAGCCAAAUUUGGAAUCAUUGGGAUAUCAUUGUGAAUAUAAAAUGCGUACAGGAAGGAAACCUGAUGGUUGUGCCAUUUGCUUCAAAUGUUCCAAAUUUACACUAUUGUCAGCAAACCCUGUGGAAUUUUACCGCCGUGAUAUACCUCUAUUGGACAGAGACAAUGUUGGACUAGUAUUACUCCUGCAGCCCAAAUUUCAUUGUACUGCUUCUCCUAUAUGUGUCGCUAAUACACAUCUAUUGUAUAAUCCAAGGCGAGGUGAUAUUAAAUUGACUCAGCUGGCUAUGCUACUAGCAGAGAUUUCCAGUGUUGCCCAUCAGAAAGAUGGCACUGUCUGUCCCAUCAUUAUUUGUGGUGAUUUUAAUUCAGUUCCUGGCUCUCCACUCUACAGUUUUAUAAAGGAAGGAAAAUUGAAUUAUGAAGGACUUGCCAUAGGAAAAGUUUCUGGUCAGGAACAGUCUCCCCGGGGACAAAGAAUUUUGUCUAUUCCAAUAUGGCCCCCGAGUCUGGGUAUUUCACAGAAUUGUGUCUAUGAGAUACCACAGGUAACAAGAGUAGAAAAGGCAGAAGAGGAUGAUAUGACUCAAAAACAGUUGGAAAAAACAGAGGUCCUCAUAGCAACUGAAAAAUUAUCUUCAAACUUACACCAUCAUUUUAGUUUAUCAUCUGUAUAUUCACAUUACCUUCCCAACACUGGAAUUCCAGAAGUGACAACUUGUCAUUCGAAAAAUGCUGUAACAGUGGAUUACAUUUUCUACUCAACAGAAAAGGAAUCUAUGAACUCACAGCAAGGAACUGAAGUUGCUUUAGUUGGUGGCUUGAAACUUCUAGGUAGACUGUCACUUCUUACAGAAGAAGACUUAUGGACUGUUAAUGGACUUCCUAAUGAAAAUAAUUCCUCAGAUCAUCUGCCCUUACUGGCCAAGUUCACACUUGAACACUGAUACUGUUUCUUUCACACAAUCUUCUUCCUUAUUAUUCCAUUCAAGGAAUAACAGUUUGCAUGCUGAUUUUAUGUAUAUAGUUUCUUCAAACAUGGUGUUAAGUAAUUAUAAUAAUUUGUGAUUCCACAAAACAUAGAUGGAAAGUUUUACAUUAAUAUCCUUUUUUAUAAACUAUUUGUCAGACUAAUAAGAAAAUGGCAUUUUUUCAGAGAUGUAAAUGCUUUUUAUUGUAUAUUUCAGUAAAAAUGACUAGUUCUUAAAAACAA